AUGCCACUGCGCCAGUCCCCGCUCGUUCUCACCAGCAUCCCAAUUGAACGAGUUUGCAGCAGCGCACUCUGGUACCUCCUCUACCGCCAGAUCCUCCACCCGGAUCCCGAGAAUGGACCAGAAGCCAUGUAUGGCCACCUGCUGCCGUUCUUGAACCAGAGGCCGCUGAGCGCCGGCACCACUGGACCUCAGUCUUGGACGGAGCAGCUCCCUGUGCCUGUGGCCGGAGAUCGGUCCUUCGCGCUAUGCGUGGAGCGGAGCGUCCGCUUUGCUUUGGUGUUAUCCGGUUUGGAGCCUAGCGAUGCCGGCUGGUGGAGCUCCGUCGGGUUGCGCCGUGCGCUGGUGGAGUGCAUGCAGGAGGCCUUGGCUGUACAGGGUUUGCGAGCUCCCGCGCCUGCAGAGUUCGCCUUACUCCGUGUGGGCGUGUCCUCGCUGGCCCGUGCUGCGGCUCAGAGUGCGAAGGUGCAGGAAAAGGGGCGGCUGAAACUCUCCGAAGAGGUUCAAGCGGUCAUCGAAGCGGCCGACAGGAAAGCCGUCGCAAUGGAGCACUCGCAGCGAAAUGCCCGCUCCGUGCAGCCUCCGCAACUCUGGGAGGACCUCUGGAGCGCAGCUUCCAGACAAGACUGUCACUUCGGAGGCUUCAGCCGAACUCUUUCGCAAGACGUGGAAGCUCUGAAGGGCGAGGCCAGACAUGGCACUCUGAUCCUGCCUUCCCUUCCUGCAGCCCUGCACACGCAGAUCAACAACUGUACAGAGGCUGCAGAGUGCUGCAGGCUCGUGAGCAGCAUGGUGGCCUUGAUGUCGAACCAGAGGGACCGGUUGCCACAGGCUUCUGCGUCCUGCUUUACUCUGGUGGUUCACUUGGUCUGCAGGCUUUUGCCAAUGCCCCUGCCCCUGGAUGACGACUAUUGGCCCGACAAGUGCUUCUGGGCAGGGCAAGCUCUGACACUGGAGACCAAGCGAGAUCUGCUGCGCAGCCUGCACCUCAUCUCGCGCUACUUUUCUGCGUCUGCCGAGAAUCUGCGUGCGACGAGGGAGACAGACGGGGCCCGAACAUGUGUCGCUGCUGCAUUGGUGGUGAUGAUGGAUGCCCUUCUCCGACGUCCAAUUGACCUGCUGGACAAACAAGUCGCGGUGCAAGAGAGACACGGAGAUUUGAUCUCCUUGCACUACUCCGGGGCUGCAGGCGGACACCAGAGCCCUUGCAAGCCUUUCUUGCUGGACUCCAGCACCUUUCGUGAAACCUCUGAAGCCCUUCUGCUUCCCCAGCCCGAGCUGGCCUUGCUCCGGGCUCAGGUCCUCGACUAUUUCCAAAGCUUGACCACUCUGGCAACCUCAAGCUCUCGAGGCUCCAUGAACGCGAAGCGGCUUUUCCGCCAACUAACACGGGUCAAAGAAACUCAAGAGCACGAGACACAAUACCUCUUCACCUUUGAGAAGGGCAUGGCUUUGGGCCCAGCUGAUCGUUUGUUUGUAGAACAGCUUGGGCUCAGCAUCGGCUUGGAGUCGGCAGGGCCAUCGGCGCAUCUUCUUCUCAGUGGAGAGCAGCCCCAGCUGUUGGACUUCUAUCCGGAGUUGGCUUGGUUCCGUGACGCCGUGUUCUUGUGGAAGGUUCUGCUCCUGCCACCCGCUGACGACGAGUCGGACAAGGCAUCUCCACGUGGCGACAUCUCGGCCGCUCUCGGUGCACCCCUGGUCUGGCGCUGGCAGAAGGGGAAGAAAUCAGAAGGCACCGAAGAACUCGGGGCCUUCGUCGUUCAUGGCUUCGAGGCCGUGCUGCCAAACACGCAGAGCUUCAGCUUCAAGGCGUGGUGGAAGAGCCGGCGCUGGCAAGGGCUGAGGGGCCUGAAGCGCUGGCUAGGCGGACAGGCUGAGAACUACUCCUCCAACUUCCGGGCCCUGAGUCGUGCCAACCCAAGUCUCCUUGCGGGCUCGGCGGUGGAGACGGAGGAAGACAUCCUUGCUUUGCAGUCUGUACCCUGCUUCGGAGGGAGCUUGAAGGCCUCUGAGAGCGAGCUGCUCUUGACCUACCUCGUCGCCCCCUACGUCCGGAUUCCCUUGGUGCUGAACUUCUUCUCGGACAAGCAGCGCAUGACCUUGCUGCAAGCGCCACAGCUGCAGGCGGUGCUGGACGCCGUCCUGUUUGAGCCCGGCCCGUGGCUGACGUAUCAGGAGGCGCUGGCUGGGCCGCCUCCCACAGUUCCCUCCAAGAGUGUGUCUGCGCCGGCAACGAGAGCUGGCCUGCUGCUGAACGAGCUCCAGUAUUCGCCGGAACCCGUCUUGGACUCCGUUCUGCAGCUUCUGCAGUUUGCAUACGAGCAAGAUCCGGGUCGACCGGGCACUGGAAGGGAAGGCCUCAUCCUCUUCCUUGUGCGCCUCGCGGUGCGUGUCGAAUCCCACGCGAUGCUGGUGCUUCAGCGCGCCCGCGGUGCAUCGACUGGAGCCGGUGCACGGCAAGUGGCGCCGCGAAAGGACAAGCUCCAAAGCUUGGAGGAUCGGACGAAGCGGCUGAGCGGUGUUCUGCGCAAUGCCGUUCUGGAGAUGAUGCUCCAGUGGGCCUCUCAGGCCAUAAAGCGCAAGCCCCGGAAGCUGGACAUAGCUGCUCGGGUGCACGCCCAUAUUGCCUUCCUCUUCAAGAACCAUCGGCCGGACACUGUGCGGGAGGUCUCUGUGUUCUUGGCUUCACAGGUCUUUGUGAUCAUGAACAGCUUCAAGCCAGCGACGAAGCGCUCACCCAGUUCCCACCUCUUGGGGGUAGGUGAGUUCGAGCUUUUUGAUGUGUUUGAGCGCUGGCGCACCCCCCUGGCAUCGUGGUUGCGGGCCCACCCCAAAGAAGCAGCCGUUGCUAUGGAGAACGUUGAGCGGGUUGUAACCUGCAAGGGCACCGCAGAUAUCACUUUGCCGGAUGCCAAUCGAUCUUGGCGUGAGAUGCCAAACGAGCCUGGGAACUGGGCCUCCAGGCCGGUCACAGAGGGCAGCCAGGAGCAAGCCGUGCCCGGUGAGUCUUACCGGGAAUGGCUGCUGCGGACCUACCACCAAGCCUCCCAGGGUGGCGCCGACAUUGUCGUCUCCGUGAACCAGGGCCGCUACCAUUGCCGCGACGCUGGCCUCCAGCUGCUGCCGGAGCAUGCGCUGAGAUCGCCGCAUCUACUUGAGGCCUGCGGGAACCUGGAGCACAUGCAAGUGGUGUUACGAGAGGAGACCUUGCACCGGACUUGCUACGAGCUGGUGGGCCAAAACCUCGAGGUGCACUGCUGGGAUGCCGAGAGGCUGGACGAAAAUGGCUUGCCCGAGUGGCUCAACACUCGGAAUUUGCAGAAAGUUGGGGACAAGCCGGCCUGGUUAGCAGAGGUCCUCGAGCCUUUGCUGGCCAAGCUCGAGUUGGGCGACAUGGUCUUGUACUACCAAGCUUCCAAGCAAGACAAGCCAGCUUUUCCGGAUGCCUGGCUGUUGGGCGUCCCGAAAGAGAGUCAGAGCCUCAUCAAGGAGAUCGCCGUUUGGAGGAGUCCCGCUUACACGGAGAUGUAUGAUCUCGUGAGUCGUGGUCGACACGUCCAUCGAAAGCUGGUUUUCACCUCGGACAUGGUCUGGUCUUUCCACAGUCCCAGCGGCAAAGAGCUUCCAAUGUACUCGAGCCCAAACGCAGGAUGGAGCUUGGGCAAGGGCUCCGUGCUCGCGCCCUCCGGAAGAGGCUCCGGUUCGGUGCGCAUUUUCCGAACUUCCGGCUCCCACGGUCAGGAAGAGUACAUCCCACAGGACAUCCUCCAGGGCUUGCUCCCUGACGCACUGCUGGACCGCUACAAGUUCUGGCGGAGCCAGGAGGCCACUGGAGAGCUUCUGGUCGGUGAAGAGCGGGAUGUGGCGGACCAACCAACGGAGCUCCGUGUGAAAAUGACGCCGGUGAAGACUCUGAAGAGGGAGCCGGGCCAUUCUACUCAGGGCGCCUUCGAGGCCGCGCUGGCCACGGUGGAACGGCGAAGGCUUUUGGGGCAAGAGCCGGAGUUUCUGGUCAACGCGAAAUCAGGCAUGUGUGGAUUGACCAACCUGCUCACGCGCCUGGAGAAUCUGUCGCACAUCUUGGUUUGGAGCCGGAGUGCUGAUGGAGCCGGUGGAGUGCAUCGCGUCGAGAUGCCGAGGUUGAUGCUGUCAUUUACGAUGCAGGAUGGCAGGCUGCAUUGCGAUCAGCUUGCAGGAUACUGGAUCUUGGAGAGGCCUCAGCUCACAUCCAACCUUGUCCACCAGCUCGUUGCACAAUGGGGUGGUGGUACCGUGGUCUUGGAGACAGCUGCUGGAGAUCUCUCGGUUCUGGUUUCGGCGCUCUCCGAGCCCGUGAGGCCCUGGGCGGAGAGGGCGGAUUCGCUGAGUCCCGCCGAACGGUUCCUUCCGGGCCAGCUAGUGCUGCGCCGGGGCAAGCCGUCCUGGAUGGCCAACCUCGCUGAAGGCUCGCGGUAUUACUUUUACCCGCUGCACCGUUGCGGGAUGAUGGUCUUCACGCCCACACCAGCUGCCUCGCUCUAUCUUCUUCUCUGCCGCUACCUGACCUGGCACUUUCAAGAGGUGGCUGCCAUGGCAAGUGCGAUUUCGGAAGUGUCUGGACCAGAAGAAAGGCAGCUGUGGGAAUGUCUGAGCGUCUUGCAGGGCGAAUGCCAUGCCGAUGCGGUGGCAUGCCGUUUGCACUUGACCCUCGCCAGCUUGCCCUUCGGGAAGGACGCAAGGCCACCCUGGGAUGUGGUGAAGCAGCUCCUGGAGUAUUCCUCGAAGAGGCACUUGGUUUCGGCGACCUGCGCAUUGCCAGCACAUGGGGAGCUAGUGCUGCAGAACCUGCCGGAGGUCAUGAGCCAGGCUUCUGCCCUGCCAUUGCUCGCAACGCGUCGUGAGAUGUUGGAGCAUCUCCUUGCUGCCAAAGCUUCCGGAAGUCAGAAGUCCAUGACGGCGCCUCUGGGGCCUCAGCGGGAGGACGCGGGAUUCGACCGCGUGGCCUACCGGCAGGUGCUGGGCGAGGUGGGACUUUUUCAGCGAAUGGCCUGCUCCAUGCAGGGGUUGACGUACAGCAGGCCCGAGGGAGAGCGGCCGGUGGUGGAGGGCUUCGCGGCACUGCGCUUCUUGGAUGCGCUUUUCGGCCGUGCAGGCGCCAGCACCGGGGGCUUGUUGGCCUUCCGGGGCUCCUUCUUCCUCAUCUAUGAGCUCUUCACGGGCACCUUGGAAGUGAAGCUCAUGCCCGAGGACAAGCCCAGCAUCCUGGCCUCGGCUCUUCUGCGGCUCAUAGAGAGCGGAAACAGCGGAAACAGCACCACGCAGAUGGAGAUGGCCGUGCUCCGGUCACUCGACUCUACGCCGGAGGUGCGCGCCGAGAUGCCGCUUUGGGGCUCUGCUGCGGCCAAGCGCGUCUGGCAGGUCGGCGCCCUGAUCAAGGUGGAUCACGACUCCUCCUCGCGCUUGCUGAAGAACGCAGUCAAGCACCUUCGGCAAUGUCAGCAGUACUUGCAGCCAGUGAAGAAGUUCCCCGAGUUCCAGAGGGUCGAUGGCAAGCUUGUGAUCGAUCCAGAGGAUCUGAACCACCGCAGGCAAUGGGCACCCCCAUUGACAGAGGAUGUGAAUUGCACGAGCCGGGCCUUUGAGACCAAGGCCGCAGGUAUGUUGUGCCUGGGAGCAUGUCCACUUGCCAAGCUCGUCAGUGACUGUUUCGGCCGGGAUCCUCUGCAGUCGACCAGCAACGGGGGGAGCAACGAUGUCCUUGAGAAGAGAGACGCGAAUGGCCAGCUCUUGAAGCUGUGGCUGCAGAAGCUUUGUGGCCCUCAUGCGGACCCGAACUUCCGCUUUGCAUCCUUGCCCCCCGCGCAGAGGACCUUGAGCCGCCUGCUUGACGAGUUGAGCCUCUUCUUGUCAAGCCCUGUGGCCGGUGAGACCUUGCAAGAGGUGGUCCAGCCUGCUCGCCUGGCCAAGUUGGUGGAUGCCCUUCGCGGUCAAGGCCAGGAAGACAUGCGCGAAGCCACAGCUCUCGUCACAGAGGUCGUGGAGGCAGCGAAUUGCGGAAACGCCAAAGACUGGCUGCUGCGGCGCUGUGGCACAGCCGUGCAUGUGAGCUUCAGCAGCUUGGUUGCAGCCCUCAUGGCCUCUGAGCCUGGCUGCAGCGAUGCCCUCUACAGAGCAAAUCAAGAACUCCAGGAGGACAGGCUGAGCAGCCUCUUCGAGAAGGUCGCACAAGCCUUGGCCCUGAUUGUGAGAGUUGGCCAAGUGACCCGGGCUAUGGAAAAGGCGCUGGAUCUUCAAAGUGCGAUUAGCCGGCGCAGCGAAGCUCUGAUCGUCUCCCUGAAAGCCCGGACCUUGAGCGAGGAGUUACUCGCCAAACGGCACCACAGUCGAGCUAAGAGGGCAGCGGUGCUCUUCGACCCUCGUCUCUUGGUCUUCGAGUUCCUCUUCGACAUCAUGUUAAGAGAGACCCAGGUGAGAAUCCUUGGAGCCUUCCUCUACAGCGCCAAGGUCGGUCGCUCGAUGACGCAUCAAAUGAUCAUGGGAGACGGAAAGACGACGGUCAUAGCACCCCUCUUGGCUCUCAUCUUGGCGGACGGCAAGUCCCUGGUCUGCUCUUGCAUGCCGGCCGCUUUGGCGGAGAUGACACGCUCGGUGCUAACCAGAUGCUUCUCCUCGCCGGUGGCUCCUCGCGCGGUAAUCUCCUUCAAGUUCGGCCGAGCCUCCCACGCCGAUCGGGCGCUCUUCGACAAACUGGAGGCUGCCAGACACGGGAAAGCAGUCGUGGUAGCGGAGCCCACAUCCCUGAAGAGCUUGGUGCUGGGUCUCCUUCAAUCGCUGAGCCAACUGGAGGAACUCACCUCGGGCUCGUCGAAGCGCUGGUGGAAGACAGACGCACACAACCAGAGGACACAUCUCCUGGAAGCGGAAGCCCACGCCUGCUCACAGGUCCUGCGAAUGUUCCAUCGAAGCGUGCUGCUUCUCGAUGAGGUUGACCUGCUGCUGGAUCCGUUGAAGAGCGAGCUAAACUGGCCGAUGGGCACCAAGCGGGCCAUUGACCUCGUGGAUUCUGUAAAGAAUCCUAACUCUGCAUCCGCGCGCUUCGAUCACGACAACUGCCUCCGUGGAAAGCUGCCUUUCCACCUUUUGGAUGCGCUUUUUGUGGCCAGCGCCCUCGCGGAGGCUCCGGACUCGGACUCGGAGCCCACAGCGGAGCAGGUGGGAAAGCAAAUGGCUGUCCCAUUCGCCGACCGCCAAGAGGCAGCCACCUCGCUCCUGGAACUGGCUGCAGAACUUAAGGUCGGCUGCGAGGCAAGGCAUGUGCGCCUCUGCCCGCACUUGGUGCUGCACUCGCAGAGCUUCUAUGAGUCUCACCUCUUACCACGGCUUUCGAACUGGACGGCGCUCUUUCUGGAGUCUCACAAUGGUGCUCUUGGGCUUACCCCACAAGAGCUGCGGCGUGUGCUGCGACAACCUCGAGAUAUGGAUGCCAUAGUGGCCCAGCAGCUCAGAAGGGAGAACGGGCCGGGCGUGCAACUCUUCAACCUUGCGGUCCGUUGGCUGCACUCCUUGCUGCCCUUCUUGCUGAAGAAGGUGCACCGCGUUUCGUAUGGCCUCCUCUCGACGGAGCAGCUGGCAUCUGAGAGUGGACCUCGUUCGCGACAGCUGCUCUCAGUUCCUUUCGUCGGGAAGGACCAGCCCAGUGAGCAAGCGGAGUUCUCUCACCCCGAUGUGGCGAUCGGCUUCAGCAUUCUGGCAUACAGGCUCCAAGGCCUUCGACGCGGUGACCUCCUUGCGCUGAUGCAAGCCCUCCAGGCGGACAUGAAGCUCCAAAGCGGAGUUGUCUACCACAAGCGCCUGGCCAAUCGUAUCUUCGUGAAGCUCGUGGUGAAGGCUGGCGGACGUGUGAGGGGAUUCUCUGCAGAGGGCAAGUGGCUUGGAGACAAGAAAGGUUCCUUGGAGGUCGCAGAGGUCCUGGAGAUGGAGACCAUCCUGCCGCUGGAAGCUGUGGACUUGAACGACACGGAGCAACUGGCCCAGCUCUGGAGCCUCCUUCGUGCAGAGCCUUGCGCCGUGGAGCAAUUCCUCCUCUCGGUGCUACAGCCGGGGGUCGGCACCGUGGAUGUCUCCGACCACCAGCUGACUGCAGCCGGCCAGGACCUGGCUGGCGAGCAGCUGUUCGGACUCUGCCUCGGCUUCAGCGGGACCCCCAACGAUCUUCUUCCGAGUCGUUUGGGCAGAUGCUGUUACGCUCAAGGCGUGGAUGGGCGCAUCCUCGGAACCUUGGCCAACACGGACGUUGUCAACGUGGUUGAGAUAGACGCUGACUGGACACCCCGAAUGCUCUUGGAACUUGCCGCUGGUGUCAAUGGCCCAUGCUUCAACGCAUUCAUCGACGUGGGAGCUCUGGUCACGGGGCUGAGCAACCGUGAGACGGCAGACUACUUACUUCGAGUUGGCUUAAAGGACUUCGCAGGUGUCGUGUUUUUCAGCAUGAGUGGGGAACGCCUUGUCCUUCUUCGUGAUGGAUGGAGGGUUGUUGAGCUAGCGCAGUGUGGACUUGCACCAUCCCAGCGCUUUACCUUCUACGACCACGUCCACACAACCGGCAUGGACAUCAAACAGCCGCCUGCAGGGCGAGCUGUCCUUACCAUGAGCAAGGAUACGACACUGCGAGAUUUUGCCCAGGGUGCAUAUCGCAUGCGCGGCCUGGGUGCUGGACAGCAGAUCUCUGUGCUAAUGACUCCCGAAGUUUCCACGCUUGUGCACCAAUGUCGCAAGGCCUGUACGGCCUCUAGGCUUGCUAGCAGCGGCCGUAUUUCUGUGACGCUGGAGAACUUUCUAACCCCAAGUUCGCCGACAAGCCCCACUCGCCAGAAAGAGGCAGACCCGGUGGUCCACGUUCUUAUCUGGGCCACUGCCAAUGGCAUCCGCCAGGAGUGCAGGAAGCAGCGGCUGCUCUGCCAGCAGAACUUCCGCGAUGUUUGGAAGCGCAAAGCCCGAUUAAAGCUGGAGAACGUGGCAGCGGCUGUUUUCGAUCCGAAAGACAAGAGUGCCGUUGAUAGCUUGCGCGCGGUUUCCACACAGGCAGCCCUUGAGGACCUUCGAAGCCGACCGGAAUUCUUCGGCCUGCCCCCAAGGGUCGAGAUCCAGGUGCAAGGUAAGGAGCCGAGUCUGCAGGAGAAGUUGCAGAUGGAGAUUUCCAAGCGAAAACUAAGCCCCGCAGAGCGUGCAGAAGCCGAUGCGGUGCUUGCCGAGUGCUGGCCGCCGGAGUGCGAGAUUGAUUUCCUGGAAGAGCCUAAGAAUGACGCAAUGGAAGGAGAGCAAGUCCAGGAAGAAGAGCAAGAAGAAGAGCAGGAACAAGAGCAGGAACAAGAGCAAGAGGAAGAGCAAGAGAAGGAGCAGGAGCAAGAGGGCCUCCCCGAGGAGCCGGCGAAUGAGAAGUUCUCUCGGGCAGAUGAACGACAGCAACCUUGGAACCUCAGUAGCCUUGCCUGCCAGCCAAGCAAUCGGACAAAGUCGGGAUCCUCCCCUCCCUUCUAUCCAAUCUCAGACUUUGCAGUUCAUCGGGGCAUGCUGGGAGGGGACUGCAACUUCCUGGAUGAGCUGCCACCCUUCCUGAUGAUCAGUGAAAACUAUUAUCGAAAGGCAUGGCGAAUGCAGUCAACUCGGCGCUUACGAAACAUUAUCUGCGUGUUGGAGUGGGUGCCAGACCGGCAGCAGCUUCAGCCUUUGGACAUUCCAGGGCAACUCUCCGGCCAACAGAUUGAGUGGCUGCGCCUGCUGUUUGAGCUUCAUCGUUUGGAUGGGGGCGAGACAGCCGGCGACAAAGUAACCGGUGAAAACCUGACCGCGCUUUACAAGUCCCUUGGCCUUUGGGGUACAGCUUCGCAGGAGUCCUGCAGUUUCGAUGCCUUGCAGCGCGGAGUGGCCACACAAUCCUUGUAUGGCUAUCAGCAAGGCCGUUUCUUCGUCGCCCUGAGCCUUGAGGAGGCUCAGCACUUGCGGGCAGCCCUCCACCGCGGGGAGGAGGUCCUGAACAAGGAGGUCUUCAAGCCCUCGUCUCCCUCGUCUCCACUUCUCACCCUCCGCUGCCUUAGCCCCGGGGGCCCAAAGGAGCCUGUGAAGGGCCAGAGAGGCCUGGAGCGUCACUUCGUGCUCGCCGACUUCGGAAAUCAAAGAUCGACCGCGCCCCGCUUCGACCUCGAGGUAGCCGAGCAUUGCUUCCACUUCGCCAACUGCGACCUGCUGCCGCGCUCGCAGCUGCCGGUGCUUCUCCGCGCGCUUCGCGGAGCAGAGCCCGAGAAGCGUCUGAGGUGGUGGCAAGACCUUCGGCGCUGCCGCCGGCGUACGAGGGAGUCAUGGCAAAGGCUGCCCAUCAGCCCAGUGUUUCUGGAGAAAGACGAGUUCAAGGCUUUGGCCAGUGAAGCACUGUUGCAGCGGCUGCGCCGAUCUUUGGCAGAACGACAGCUGUGGCCGGCGGACGUGUUCCAUCUGCUGGAUACGCACAGCUGCGGAAGCCUUGCGCCGGCGGAUGUGGAGCGGGGUUUGGAGUGGAUGCUGGGCUUCCAGGGCUCCCAGGCUUCGUCUCUGCAGAUUGCAACUCGCUUCCCAGCGCUGCUGACAGCGCUCUUCCGGGCCCUAGACGAAGACGGCGAUGGACGCAUCACCGUAGAGGAGUUCAAAGCAGCGCUGGAGCCCGACGAGCCUGCAGGGUGA